AUGUUUUCUGAAAAGGAGAAGAAAAAGCAGAGUAAGAAAAACAAGUCCUACAAAAGCAAAAAAAAAGAUGAAGAAAAAGAUGAAGAAGUUAUUGAUGCAAAGUACAAGAACAAUCAUAUUGCAGAUGAAAUCGAAAGUGAAGAAGACAACAUGGAAAUGAAUCAAAGAAGUCACGACCUCUCACCACUAAUCGCAGCUCAUAAAUAUUUCGAAGAUAAUGACUCGUUUGACAACGACACUAAGGAAAAUAAAAAUAAUAAGAAAAAGAAAAAAAAAAAAAAAAAAAACAGGGAGGAUGGUCAGCAGGGAGAGGAAAACAUCGACAGCGACAUAAACAAAUCCAAUGUAGAAGUGAAGGAAGAGAAAGGUAUAGUCAAAGGGGAAUACCAAUUGGGAAGUCAUAAUAAUCUGGAGGAGCAGAAUGAGAAGCAAAGGGAAGAAAGGAAAAAGCAAAAGAAGGAAGCGAAAAUGCAAAAGAAGGAAGCGAAAAUGCAAAAGAAGGAAGCGAAAAUGCAAAAGGAGGAAACGAAAAUGCAAAAGGAGGAAGUGAGAAUGCAAAUGGAGGAAAUGAAAAUGCAGGAGGAGAAAAAAAAGAAAAAGAAAGUACGCUUCGAUGAAGUAGAAGUAAGAAACGAAGAAAUUCUGAACUACUUUAUCAAUUCGUAUAGAAACAAAAUAAGUAUAGAGCACGAUGAGUUGUGUCAAGUGAUGACUGGCAAGAAAUUUUUUGACAUCGAACGAUUGGCAAAAAAUGCGACAGACAUUACACACGAGUCAUUGAUGCUAACAAAUAUUCAGAAAGAAAAGGAAACGUAUUGCAAGCAAUGUGGAUAUAUAUAUAACUACGAUGAUUACAUGUACAUGUUUAUUAAACGCUUUAACAUCACCAAAUUAAGGAAAAACUAUGACACCAUGGGUAAUAGUUUCAAUGGGAAUGCGUAUGACUUUAUUGGGAAUUCUGAAUUUCUACAUGAUAAUUGUAUUAAAUGCAUUUAUUGCGGUGGAAUAAUAGAUAGCAUUCAAAUGCUUGAUCAGUGGAAUGGUAAAAGUAACUAUAUUGAAUUAAACUCAUACAGAGAAAAAUACAUAUUUGAUAAAAAUAAAAAAAAUUAUUGGAAAAAUAAAAUAACCUCACUUGAUAAAAAUAUGUCCUUAUUUAAAGAAGAUAAAAACCAAGCUUAUAAUAUAACAUACGAAAAAUGUACAGACUGUGGUAAUGACUUCUUACACUUUAUAAAUAUUCAGACGAGGAGUGCUGACGAAGGGUCAACUAUAAUUUAUUUUUGUCCUAAUUGUAAAAAACAAACAACUGUUAAUAAUUAG